GCGUCAACUGCAGUAACCACAGCGCGCCACCUGCAUAUGUCUGCUCACGAGACAGCAGAGAAACAUAUAGACUGCGUGCUGGAACUCAAAACUCGUGUUCAUUGGACUCCUUUCAAAAGGACAGACAACGCAACGGUCCUUUAAAGACAGACACAGAUGAGGUUUGUUAAAGCACGACCUGCUGGUAGUCUGAACUGUCAGGUCGGGUGAAUGUUGCUCUUUUGUCUCUCAUGGCUUGUGUCUCUGUGAUGGACAUGGAGACAGCUGUCUGUGAGCCGCUUUACCAGAACGGUGACGUCCACCAUGAGGAGCUUGGCCCGAAGCAGCCCACCGUUCUCAGGAUCCACCUCUACCACAGCAGCCAGAGCGACUCUAACUGCGCCCCGCUCUGCUACCCACCGGGAGAAUACGUUACCGAACAGCUCAUCAUCAACACUGCCAAGGAGUGCGGAGUGUCUCCAGUCUACUGCAGCCUGUUCGGACUGUACAAAGAAGAUGAAAGGGUCUGGUUAUCACCCAAUCAUGUUCUCCAUUUAGACGAAACAGCCAAUGAGAGUUUGUUAUUCAGAAUUAGGUACUAUUUUCCCGGCUGGUACAGUUGUGGGGCGUCCCGAGCGUACCGCUAUGGAGUGACUAAAGGAUCUGAGAGUCCUAUCCUGGAUGACUAUGCUAUGUCUUAUAUUUUUGCUCAGUGGAGGAGUGACUUUGUAAACGGCUGGGUGAAGCUAUCCUGUGCCCAUGAGGUUCAGGAGGAGUGCCUUGGCAUGGCUGUGCUGGACAUGAUGAGGAUUGCCAAAGAGAAGCAGUGCUCCCCACUGGACAUCUAUAAUGACAUUAGGUACUACAUCUAUUCAAGAAUCUGCAGCUACUUUCACACUGCAAAGAUUGUGUUGUGUCGUGACCUGCAGACGUAUUGUGAUUUUGGGGAAGUUGUCGAUAUCAGUAUCAGACAAGCCAGCAAAGAAGGUACCAACAUGAACCGCAUUGUUUCCAUCAACAGACAGGAUGGAAAAACUCUUGAGCUGGUGUUCUCCUCCUCAAUGGAGGCAUUGUCUUUUGUGUCUCUAAUUGAUGGCUACUACAGACUGACCACGGAUGCACAUCACUACCUCUGCAAGGAUGUCGUUCCACCCCAUCUGCUGGAGGCUAUUGAGAGUUACUGCCAUGGACCAAUAUCAAUGGAGUUUGCAAUCAGUAAACUACGCAAGUCAGGAAAUCAGAGAGGUCUAUUCGUGCUCCGGUGCAGCCCCAAAGACUUCAACAAAUACUUCCUGACUCUUGCUGUUGGGGCGUAUGAGGAUGUAGAGUACAAACACUGCCUGAUCACCAGGUCUGAGAAUGGCGACUACAAUCUUAGUGGAACCAAAAAGAAUUUUAGAAGAUUGAAGGAGCUGCUCAAGUGUUACCAGAAGGAAACUGUGAAAUCAGAUGGUGUCGUCUUUCAGUUCAGCAGGUGCUGUUCACCAAAGGCCAAAGAGAAGUCGAGUUUGUUGGUGUGCCGGAGUCAUCGGGGUUUAGAGGUUCCCCUGUCCUCCUCACUGCAGAGACACAACAUCAGUCAGAUGGUGUUUCAUAAAAUCAAAAAAGAAGACCUUGAUCUUGGUGAGAGUCAAGGUCAGGGGACUUUCACCAAGAUCUUCAAAGGGAUUCGGAAAGAGCAGGGAGACUACGGAGAAACCCAUAAGACUGAAGUCAUUGUCAAAGUCUUGGACAAAGCCCACAGAAAUUACUCUGAGUCUUUCUUUGAGGCAGCCAGCAUGAUGAGCCAGCUCACCCACAAGCAUCUGGUGUUGACCUACGGUAUCUGUGUGUGCGGAGAGGAGAAUAUCAUGGUGCAGGAAUAUGUGAAGUUUGGGUCCUUGGACACGUACCUAAGGAAAAACAAGAACUCAAUAUCAGUUAAUAUUCUGUGGAAGCUGGAAGUGGCCAAGCAGCUUGCCUGGGCUAUGCUCUUUUUGGAAGAGAAGAAUCUGGCUCAUGGGAAUGUGUGUGCAAAAAACAUCCUUUUGAUCAGGGAGGAGGACAGGACAUUGGGAAACCCUCCAUUCAUCAAACUAAGUGACCCUGGCAUCAGCAUCACAGUGCUGCCCAGAGAGAUUCUGGUGGAGCGGAUCCCCUGGGUGCCCCCUGAAUGCAUCUUAGACCCUAAAAGCCUGAGUCUUGCCUCAGACAAAUGGAGCUUUGGUACAACUUUAUGGGAGAUUUGCAGCGGAGGAGAAAAACCACUUGCCAACAUGGACAGUUCCAAGAAGCAUUUGUUCUAUGAAAAUCGUCACCAGCUAUCUGCUCCCAAGUGGACAGAGCUGGCUAACCUGAUCAACAGCUGCAUGGACUACGAGCCAACAUUCAGACCUUCAUUCAGAGCCAUCAUACGAGACCUCAACAGUCUCUUUUGCCCAGAUUAUGAGAUUGUGAAGGAGAGCGACAUUUUACCCAGUAGAGCAGGAUCAUCUGCGUUGAGUACUGGAGCAUUUCAGAAUGAGGAUCUAGUGCAGUUCGAGGAGAGACAUCUCAUUUUCCUGCAGCAGCUUGGCAAGGGAAAUUUUGGCAGUGUGGAAAUGUGCAGGUACGACCCCCUGCAGGACAACACCGGUGAGGUUGUGGCAGUGAAAAAAUUGCAGCACAGCUCUACUGAGCACAUCCGUGACUUUGAGCGGGAAAUCGAGAUCCUCAAAUCUCUCCAGCAUGAGAACAUUGUGAAAUACAAAGGCGUGUGCUACAGUGCAGGAAGGAGAAACUUACGAUUGGUUAUGGAGUACCUGCCUCACGGCAGUCUACGGGACUAUCUCAACAAGAACAGAGACAGGAUUGACCACAAGAAACUUCUGCAUUAUGCAUCUCAAAUAUGCAAGGGCAUGGAAUACCUUGCGACAAAGCGGUACAUUCACAGAGACCUGGCCACACGUAACAUCCUAGUGGAGAGUGAGUUCAAGGUGAAGAUUGGUGACUUUGGCUUGACCAAGGUUUUACCUCAGGGCAAAGAGUACUACAAGGUUAAAGAACCUGGAGAGAGUCCAAUAUUCUGGUAUGCACCCGAGUCUUUGACUGAGAGCAAGUUCUCAGUAGCGUCAGACAUCUGGAGUUUUGGAGUGGUUCUGUACGAACUCUUUACAUACAGUGACAAGCUAAGUAGCCCACCUACAGUAUUUCUGAGUAUGAUGGGAGGUGACAAGCAGGGACAAACAAUAGUCUAUCAUCUCGUUGAGCUCUUGAAAAGAGGAAACCGUUUACCUCAGCCUAUGGGCUGUCCUUCAGAGAUGUGCGAGAUCAUGCAGGAAUGCUGGGACAACGAUCCUAGCCUUCGGCCACCCUUCAAGGAGCUCGCUCUCCGCAUAGACUUGAUCCGGGACAGCAGCGAUUCAGACCGAUAUACCCAAGUGCCUGUGUUUUAAGAAAUAAGCUUCACUCGCUCACCGCUGCCAUGCAGAUACCCAGAGCCUGUCCUCUGGCCCUGUCCGCUGUCUUAAUUCGUUUCUUUGUGCCAUUUACGGCAGAUCUGACCCCAGGACUUGAUCACCUCAUCUUCUGACCGAACAGUUAAGGUAAUUUAUAUCAAGAAUGGGUUUCUCUUUUGCUAGCAGUGCUGGCAUGCGCCACUCUAUCAGCGAUGGAAUGAAUGAAUCGUUCUCUUAAAUGCAAGAGCUGUGCAUUUUUACAUCCACGUGUUUGUAUGUACAUAUAUAAAGAUGAUUUUAUAAUUUUAUAAAAAUGAAAUGAACUGUUUGGAUGCAGUGUCAUGUAAAUUAAGAUUUCAAAAAGAUAUAUAAUUGUUUAUAGCUUGUUUGUUGUAAUGCAGGUGGUGUCUGAUUGAAAAGAUAAAAGAUCUUGCUAUUGUAAACCUUUCUAUUUUCUUUGAAUAAAAAAUGCUAAUACGUUUCA